UGGAUCCCUGCGGGUGGAUCCCCGUGGGUGAGUGGAUCCCUCUCCUCCCCCCGCAGAAGGACUGGUUCGCCAAACGCAAGAAGUUCAAGCGGCCGCCCCAGAGACUCUUCGACGCCGAGAAAAUCCGGUCCCUGGGGGGGGACGUGGCCUCCGACGGCGACUUCCUGAUCUUCGAGGGCAACCGGUACAGCAGGAAGGGCUUCCUGUUCAAGAGCUUCGCCAUGUCGGCCGUGAUCACGGAGGGGGUAAAACCCACCCUGUCCGAGCUGGAGAAGUUCGAGGACCAGCCCGAGGGCAUCGACCUGGAGGUGGUGACUGAGAGCACAGGGAAGGAGCGGGAGCACAACUUCCAGCCCGGGGACAACGUGGAGGUGUGCGAGGGGGAGCUCAUCAACCUGCAGGGCAAGAUCCUGAGCGUGGACGGCAACAAGAUCACCAUCAUGCCCAAGCACGAGGACCUCAAGGACAUGCUGGAGUUCCCGGCCCAGGAGCUCAGGAAGUAUUUUCGGAUGGGCGACCACGUGAAGGUGAUCGCGGGGAGGUUCGAGGGCGACACGGGGCUGAUCGUGAGGGUGGAGGAGAACUUCGUCAUCCUCUUCUCCGACCUCACCAUGCACGAGCUGAAGGUGCUGCCCCGGGACCUGCAGCUCUGCUCCGAGACGGCGUCGGGGGUGGACGUGGGGGGGCAGCACGAGUGGGGGGAGCUGGUGCAGCUGGACCCCCAAACCGUGGGGGUGAUCGUGAGGCUCGAGAGGGAAACCUUCCAGGUGCUGAACAUGUACGGGAAGGUGGUGACGGUGCGGCACCAGGCCGUCACCAGGAAGAAGGACAAUCGCUUCGCCGUCGCCCUGGACUCGGAGCAGAACAACAUCCACGUCAAGGACAUCGUCAAAGUCAUCGAUGGCCCCCACUCCGGCCGCGAGGGCGAGAUCCGACACCUUUUCCGCGGCUUCGCUUUCCUGCACUGCAAGAAGCUGGUGGAGAACGGGGGGAUGUUCGUGUGCAAGACCCGACACCUGGUGCUGGCCGGGGGCUCCAAG